AUGGCUGCACCACUGUCCACACCUAUGCAACGCGUGACCAUUGUACCUGCUACACCCGAGGAAGAAGACACCAUCGUCCUUUCCCGAAUCACAAAUGACGAGCGACCGCUGAAGCGUGUUGUCCGGAAAUUCAGCACAUACGCGGCGCUUGCGUUCCCACCUGCUGGGUUGCGAGAACUUGAUACCGCCCAGAAUACAGCCGAGAAGAGCGUAGAGGCUCGGGAGGCUUUGCUGGUCGAACUCGGUUCGUUUGGGCUGCACCUUCGCAAAGCGGCGAUGGUGUGUGCGGCUGAGGCGAGGCAAGUUGAGGAAUAUCACCUUGAAAGGGCACGCAUUGAGGAGGAACGUGUGGCGUUGAGGCGCCACAUCGAACAGCUCAAGUCGACGCUCGAGGAAGCCCAGCUGGAGCGGGCUCAGAAGCAGGAAUAUGAUCAGUUUGCGGAGCGCAUCAACCAGUAUCCGAGCCGUGCAGAACGCGAACGGAUGAUAGCUGCUUUGGAGAACGACAUUGCGGUCAUUCGCGAAGAACGUGACCAACAGCGACGCGCGAUGCAAGAGCAACGGAACGCCUUUGCGUCCGUCAUCGGCAAUCUUGCAGAGCUGCAGACCACCAUGCGCGAGCGCGUGUCAGACGACAGCGACGAGCCGCCGGCGCCGUCUACGAAUGCACCGCCCACUGCUGCUCCAUCACCCGCGCCGCCGCCGAUCAACACCGUCAUAGACGUUGACGAGCGUGAGGAGGGUGAGGCAGACGUGAGCUCGGAUGAGGCCCCACUCUCCGCCACACUCAAUCCACGUGCGCAACAGUUCGUCCCGCGAAGCGGACUGCCCCAAUCCACCCGUGCGUUGCGCUCGAGUGCCUCCGCGACACCGGCGCCACAGUCAACACCACCGGCCGAGGAUGAUGACAUCGAGAUGGGAGAGGUGGCUGAGCCUGGGAGGUCGCCGAGGAAUGCACGAGCGAGGAGGAGACUGGAAGAGCUUGAAGAGGGCGAGGCAAGCGAGUUGAGUGAGCUCAGCGAAUUGUCGGAGUAG